AGUAUCAAGUUUAACAUAACAGAAAAAAUUAAAACCAUUACUAAAAUUAUUAGAAUGACUAGACUUUACUUACUAUAAUACUCUUUGAUUAGUACUAAAUAAGAGAAAAUAUUUUAACAAAAACAGAUUCCAUACCAGUACCUAUAAAGCGAAUUAAAUGCUGUUUAAAUGAAAUAAAACUUGUUUGUCCGUCUCUAGUUGGUCUCUAGCGAAGAAUGAAAGUGCACGUUAGAUUAUUUAAUAUUUUGAACUAUUCGUCGAAGAACAUUUGUAAAAAUCCCAGUUAUACUUAGUGAAUGGAAAAUUUUAUAAAGUGAAUUUAAACGUUUCCAUAGAACAUAAGGUAAAGAUUAAAAUGAAAGUGAUAGAAGCCAAAAUAGUGGUGUUAGGCUCACAAGGCGUGGGCAAGACGAGCCUGGUGGUGCGCUACAUCGGCAAAAUGUUCUCGCGACACAUCUCGCCCACCAUCGGCGCCUCCUUCUUCACCUGCAACAUCAACCUGGCCGAGGCGCGGGUCAAGCUGCAGGUGUGGGACACGGCGGGCCAGGAGCGGUUCCGCAGCAUGGCGCCCAUGUACUACCGCAACGCGAACGCGGCGCUGCUCGUGUUCGACAUCACCUGCCGCGCGAGCUUCGCCGCCGUCAAGAGCUGGGUGAAGGAGCUGCAGAGCAACGCGCCCGGACCUCUCGUGCUGGCGCUCGUCGGCAACAAGGCGGACCUGGCGGCCGCGCGCGCCGUGCCCGCCACAGACGCCGCGCGCUACGCCGCCGCCCUCGGCGCGCCCUACACCGAGACCUCGGCGCUGCACGACCAGGUACUCCACACCCCCCUCCGCCACCCUCGGCGCGCCCUACACCGAGACCUCGGCGCUGCACGACCAGGUACUCCACACCCCCCUCCGCCGCCCUCGGCGCGCCCUACACCGAGACCUCGGCGCUGCACGACCAGGUACUCCACACCCCCCUCCGCCGCCCUCGGCGCGCCCUACACCGAGACCUCGGCGCUGCACGACCAGGUACUCCACACCCCCCUCCGCCGCCCUCGGCGCGCCCUACACCGAGACCUCGGCGCUGCACGACCAGGUACUCCACACCCCCCUCCGCCGCCCUCGGCGCGCCCUACACCGAGACCUCGGCGCUGCACGACCAGGUACUCCACACCCCCCUCCGCCACCCUCGCCCUCCCCCUCUUCUCUGUACACGGCGUCUGCUUCUGCUCGCAGGGCAUCGACCACGUCUUCGUGAGCACGGCGCGCGCGCUGCUGGAGGCCGCGACGACAACCCCCGCCGCGCCCCAACACCCCCACACCCCCACAGAAGCGACGGGUGCGGGGGGUGCGGCGGACGGGGGGCGCGUGGAGCUGCCGGCGUGGAGUCUGCACACGCCGCGCGCCGACACGCCGCGCCCACUCUGCUGCUAG